AUGGGGACUGCACCACCUAUAAUAAUAACCGAUCAAGACCCAACGAUGAAAAUUGCAAUCGCAAAUGUGUUUGGAGGUAGUCGUCACUGUUACUGUAUGCGGCACAUAAUGACUAAGGUUAGCGAGAAAGUGGGGGCUGAGAUGUCAAAGAAUAAUGAGUUCCGGAGGGCAUUGAAUAGUGCCGUGUGGAACGAGAAAGCAACGAGAACAGAAUUCGAGAUUGGGUGGAAAUCUGUAAUUGGGAAAUACAACCUAAAUGAAAAUCGAUGGCUAACCCGUAUGUACGAGGAGCGUGCGUCAUGGGUGCCCGCAUUUUGCGAUGAUGUGUUCAUGGGUGGGUUACUACGUACCACCUCUCGUUCAGAGGCAGGGAAUAGGAUUUUCCAGGGUAACAUGAACAAGCACCUAUGCCUGGUAGAAUUUUUCACCCGUUUCGAGCGUGCGGUAAGAAAACAACGAAAGAACAACCUAGAACUGACCGCAAGUUGCAUCGGACAUACACCAGUUUUUGAGACACAACUACGAAUAGAGCUAUCUGCCGCAAGAGUAUACACGUUGACUAUUUUUUAUGAGGUCCAAAAGGAAAUAAGUGCAGGGUGUUUUAAAUGUCGAGUUCGUUCAUUCACUGAGGCAGAACGGUUAAAGACAUAUGUGGUUGAGGAUGAACACGAGCAACGAUACACAGUUAUAGUGCAAAAUGGGAGCAACAUAGCAUGCACAUGCAGAAUGUAUGCACGAGUUGGCCUCCUUUGUAGCCAUGCUUUUGUCGUACUCAAAGAUGAACGUAUCGAUGACAUCCCCCCACAACAUAUUACACCCCGAUGGACGCGAGAGGCCGUGAAGCACUCCCCCACUGAUCGGGACACAGAUAAACAGAACGGUAACAAGACUUUGGGGCACAGCAACAAUGAGGAAGGACAACUAAUGAAUAUAUUUCAUAGAUGUUUGGGCAAGGCUAAAGGAGUACCCCAAAAAAUGAAGGAGUUGAGACUGUGCAUGGAAGAGUUUGAAGCAACAUUCGGGGAUGAAGAAGAACCUGAGGUGAAUGCAAGUGGGAAGCGUGCAAUAAUGGAGUCGUAUUGCGGUGUCGUAACCCCAAAGACGAUAGAAGUGCAUCCAGCUCCAGUAGCAAAAACCAAAGGGUCUGGCAAACGAAUGAAAUUAGCAAGGGAGGCGGCAAUGACAAAGCAUUAUAAGAAAAAACGCACAUGCAAAACAUGUGGAGUGGCCGACAGCCAUAAUAGCUGA